UCUGAAAUGGCAGUCAGAAAGACGUGAUUCAGUGUAUAAGCAUUUGUUCUUUUGGUAUGUUUGCUUGAGUGUAUGUUUUCUCUCAUUGUUUGAUCUCAUGUUGUUUGACUCCUGAAGAACCAGCUCUGAAAAGAAACACCCACAGUUCUUCAUGAGCACACAAAAGUGAAAGGAAGAUCAGGUGCCUAGUCAGAUGAGGAGAACAUCUAAACAUCUAAAAAUAUUGUCAUUAUUAAAGUCCUUGAAGGGCGAUGGCAUUUAUAAAAAAGCUGCUUCAUGAUACUCUAGAUGACCUGGAAAAAGACAGUCUGAGGAGAUUUAGGAGUUACUUAAAAGAUGAUGGACCCAUUAAGGCUGGUAAACUGGAGAAUGCUGAUGUCACUGAUAUAGUGGAUAAAAUGAUAGAGAGUUUUGGAGCAGAAGAAGCUGUGAAGAUCACACUGAACAUCCUGCACAAGAUGAACCAGAACCGGCUGGCUGAAGAGUUACAGAACAACUACAGUGAAGUGCAAAAAUCAUUAGAAUCAGCUGAGAAACACCCAAAAAUUCAAGAUGAUUUGCAGGAUUUCUUAAAGACUCACAAAACGAACAUGAAGAAAAAAGUAGAACACAUUUUUGAGUGUAAAAAGGAAAAAGAAGCACAUCUCAAGGAUGUUUUUACAGAACUCUUCAUUACGGAGGGGGAUCUUAAAGAAGUCAAUCAAGAACAUGAGAUUCUGCAGAUUGAUAAAGCCUUUAAACAUCACAAAUCACAGAACAGGCCAAUCAAAUGCAAUGAUGUAUUUAGUAUGAACAAAAGUGAAAAGAAAAAGAUUGUGCUGACCAAAGGGAUUGCUGGAAUUGGAAAAACUGUAUCAGUGCACAAGUUCAUUCUGGACUGGGCAGAAGGAGAAGCCAAUCAGGACAUAGACUGUGUUUUUCUGCUUCCAUUCCGAAAGAUUAACUGCAUUAUAGAUAGAAAGUUCAGUCUGCAUGAGUUUCUACAGAAAUUUAAUCCUGAACUGGAGGACCUGGAAACAGCAAAGAUAUGUAAGAUAUAUAAAUGUAAUCUUGCGUUUGUCUUUGAUGGACUGGAUGAGAGUCGACUGACUUUGGAUUUUGACAGUGGAAUGGUGACAAGUUUUGAGGAGCGAUCAUCUGUUGAUGAACUGUUUACAAGUUUGGUGAAUGGGACUUUGCUUCCAUCAGCUCAGGUCUGGGUGACAUCACGACCAGCAGCAGCCAAUCAGAUCCCUCCUGAGCAUGUAGGAUUGUUCACAGAGGUGCGAGGAUUCAGUGACCAGCAGAAGGAGGAGUAUUUCAGAAAGAAAAUCAAAGAUGAGACUCAGGCCUCCAAAAUGAUCUCACACAUUAAAAAAUCUCGUAGUCUUUACAUAAUGUGUUACAUCCCCAUGUUCUGUUGGAUCACAGCCACUGUUCUUCAGGAUGUCCCUAUUGGGAACAAUGCAGAAAACAUCAACACGACACUCACUGAAAUGUACAUCCACUUCCUGCUGAUACAGAUGAACAUGAAGAGCCAGAAAUGUGACAGAAAAACAGAAAGAGAACGUACCAAGCUCUUAGAUUCCAAUAAAACAAUGAUUUUGAAGUUAUCCAAGUUAGCAUUUGAACAACUGAAGAAAGAAAACUAUGUGUUAUAUGAGAAGGAUCUGAGAGCAUGUGGUAUUGAUGUGAGUGAAGACUUUGAGGCCACAGGAAUGCUCACUGAGAUCUUUCAGCAAGAAGCUGCUCUUCAUGAGAUGAAGGUCUUCUGCUUUGUGCAUCUGAGUGUUCAAGAGUUCCUCGCUGCAGUGCACGUUUUCCUCUGCUACCUGGACAAGAACAUGGAUGAGCUGCAGUUUUUCAUUGAAAAAACUCAAAACUGGUACCGAUACAAAAAGAUUGCUUUACAUGAUUUACUAAAGGAGGCUGUUAAGAAAGCAAUGCAAAGUCAGAAAGGACAUUUAGACCUAUUUUUACGGUUUCUGCUGGGCAUUUCACUGAAAUCCAAUCAGAACCUGCUCAGUGGUCUGUUCACACACACUGAAGACAGCAAACACAGCGUCACAAAAAUAACCAAACACAUUAAAGAACAAUUUCAAAAUCAGGACAUCUCACGUGAAGCUUCAAUCAACCUCUUCUACUGUUUACUGGAGCUCAAUGAUAAUUCGUUAUACACAGAAAUCCAAAGAUACUUCAAAACAUCUCCAGAAAGAAGACUCUCAUCUUCCAUGUGCUCAUUGAUGGCUCAUGUACUGAUGAUGUCAGAGGAGGUGCUGGAUGAGUUCAACCUGAAGAUGUUCAAUACUGAAUCAGGAGGCCAACUGAGUCUCCUGCCAGCUGUGAAAUGCUACAAAAAAGCCAUACUCUCCAAAUGUGAACUCGAUCACACCUGCUGUGAAACUGUGGCUUUGGCCUUGCAGAUACCAAACUCACCCCUCAUAGAGCUGGACAUGAGUGACAAUAACCUGCAGAAAUCAGGAGUGCAGCUGCUCUCUGGUGGACUGAUGAGCCCAAACUGUCAACUGAACAAACUGAGUUUGGCAAACUGUUAUCUCACUGAUCAGUGCAGUGAAACUGUGGCAUCAGUUCUACAAUCAUCAAACUCCCGUCUGAUAGAGUUGGACAUGAGCGACAAUGAUCUGGAGGACUCAGGAGUGAAGCUGCUCUCUGAAGGACUGAAGAGCCCAAACUGUCACUUGAACAAACUGAGUUUGGCAGGCUGUAAACUCACUGGACAGUGCUGUAAAAUUGUGGCAUCAGUUCUACAAUCAUCAAACUCCCAUCUAAUAGAGCUGGACAUGAGUCACAAUAGCCUGCAGGAUUCAGGAGUGGAACUGCUCUCUGAUGGACUGAAGAAUCCAAACUGUCAGCUGAAGAUACUGAGUUUGGCAGGCUGUAAAUUCACUGGUCAGUGCUGUGAAAGUGUGGCAUCAGUUCUAGAAUCAUCAAACUCCCGUCUGAUAGAGCUGGACAUGAGUGACAAUGACCUGCAGAAAUCAGGAGUGAAGCUACUCUCUGAUGGACUGAAGAGCCCAAACUGUCAGCUGAACAAACUGAGAUUGGCAGGCUGUAAACUCACUGGUCAGUGCUGUAAAAUUGUGGCAUCAGUUCUACAAUCAUCAAACUGCCAUCUCAUAGAGCUGGACAUGAGUCUUAAUGGCCUGCAGGAUUCAGGAGUGGAGCUGCUCUCUGGUGGACUGAAGUGCCCAAACUGUCAGCUGAAGAUACUGGGAUUAUCUGGCUGUGAGGUGACAGAUAAAGACUGUCAUUUCCUGGCUUCGGCUCUGCGAUCAAAUCCCUCACACCUGAGAGAGCUGGAUCUGAGCUACAAUUACCUGGGAGAAUCAGGAGUCAAGAUGCUCACUGAUCUACUGAAUGAUCCAAACUGCUCACUGAACAAAGUGGAUUUCAGAAGUUAACAUCUCUGUGACCUCACACUGGAUCCAAACACAGCAAACACUCUUCUCAUUCUAUCUGAGUAUAGGUCACAUAUGUGAAAGAGGAUUAGUUCUAUCAUCAUCAUCAUCAUCCAGAGAGAUUUGAUGAGGAUCAUUACAUUCUGUGUAGGCCGAAUGGAGUCACAAGUUGGCUGAAAUAUUACUCACAUAUAAAACAAUCAGCAGGAAGAAAACAAAUAGAAACUGAAUUUGGAUUUAACAAAACUUCCUGAAAUGUGAACCACCUCAAACAGAGUAUGAGUGUUUGUGGACUGGCUGGCCAGUACGUUUUGA